AGUGCUUUGUUUGUUCCGCACACGGCAGCAGAGCCGCACACACACCCACUUAUAGCAAGAUACUUUCACCCGUGAGCUAACCGUGUGGUGACUCGUAUCCAGUUCAAGAUGGCUCAGUCGAAUGAUCUGAAACUGUUCCUGGAGUCUUCACUGAAUGAGAUCUUUAAGGCAACAGUCAGCGACAUCCUGGAUUCAGUGGACCGGACUCUGUCUGAGUAUCAGGGCAAAAUACAGGAGAUGGAGUCUGAAAAUGAGGGCCUAAAGCGGCUGCUGCUUGCACAGAAGAGUGUCGAGUCUGGUCCUAGAGAUACACAAAAACAUGAAGUUUCUGAACAGCCAGAAUGGAACAGCCAGCCCAUCCGCUCUACCCAGGGCACUUUCAAGAUAUCCAUUUGCAGCAGUGACAAAAAGAGCCUCCGGAAGAGGCAUAAAGAAAAGAUGAAGGAAAGCAAAGCCUCUGCAUCUUUUUCAGGACAAAUAAAUCAUACAGUUAAAGAGCCACAUGAAGACACAUCGGAGGCCACUGUCUCCAGUCAGACUUUGGCAACUGUUAAAACAGAGCCUCAGCCUGAUGAAAGUGGUGCCAUCGACCUCUCCCAGCCUUCAUCUGUCUUCAGUCUGACAAAGAAGCCCAUUAAAUCUGAGGUCAGUUAUGAGAAUCGGGAAGCGUUUGCACACCUGCACCCUCCUUCAGUUGUCAAACAGGACUCAAAAGUCAGUGACAAUGAAGUGAAAGUUACUAUUGUCUCGGACAGCUACAUGGAGCCCAUCGAGGAUGACGAGUUCAUCAAGACGGAGGUGGAGGAACACAAUGGAGAACUGCAGUACAGUGACAAUCAUAACUUGUCUAAGUUAGAGUUACUAAGAUAUUACCCUGAAACAGAUAUGGACCCCACUGAGGAUUUACUGCCAGAAGAAGCAACCCAAGGGGAAAACAAUUCACCCCCUGUUCCCGCAGAGGAUUUUCUAGAGGCUCGUGACAACUUUUUGCGCUGUCCAUUUUGUCCUAAGACAUUUAGUCGAGCAACCUCACUCAACAUCCACAUCAAGUCUCACACUGGUGAAAAGGCCCACAGCUGCAGCUACUGUGGCAAGCGCUUCAGCCGGGCUGACCUCCUCAAAUCCCACAAGCGUACCCACACUGGGGAGAGGCCCUACAGCUGUAGCAUCUGCAGUAAAACGUACGCCCAUCCCAGUCAGCUCAGGAUACACAAACGUGUCCACACUGGAGAGAAGCCGUAUUGCUGCUCGUACUGUGGGAAACGCUUUAACGAGCACAAUCAGCUCAAAGUCCACCUGCGGACUCACACCGGCGAGAGGCCUUACAGCUGCCAGGAGUGCAGCAAAACAUUCAGCAACGCCGGCAACCUGCGUAUACAUGAAAGGAUCCACACCGGUGAGAAGCCGUACUGCUGCGCUCAGUGCGGCAAAAGGUUUAACGGCUUAGGUGACCUCAAAACUCAUUACAGGAUUCACACUGGAGAGAGGCCUUACAGCUGUGAGCUGUGUAAGAAGACCUUCAGCCAAGCGGGCCACCUUACCAUACAUAUGAGGAUGCACACAGGUGAACGACCGUACAGCUGCAAUGAGUGUGGAAAGAAGUUUACGGUGGCCAGUAGCCUUAAACUGCACCUGAGGACUCACACAGGGGAGAAGGAGUACAGCUGUUCAUACUGCAAUAAAAGCUUCAGUAGGUCAGGACACUUGAAGAGACAUGAGCUGGUCCACACCAAAGAGAAGGUCUACCUCUGCAGCCAGUGUGGGAAGACCUACACCGACCAGUCGUCUUUAAAAAAGCACCUGAAGAUGCAUGCAGCCAAGGAGCAGAAGGCCCAGAGUGAGGGCAGCACCAGUGAAGCAGAAAUGAACCCAGUCAGACCAUCUGUUUCGGAAACACUUUAAGACACUUACGGGAAGGUUAAGUUGUCCUUUAAAGUCCUUGUAGGGACAUUCACUCUGCAUUUAACCUAUCCUGUGUUUUGAGGGGGUGGGAGGGUAUCGUGGAGCACCCACCAAGGGACCAGUUCCACACCUAAACCAGUGAUUUGGUCAGGAGAACAAACCUAACAUACAUGUGUUUUAUGGUAAGGGGAACCCAAGCAGACUCCACAGUGGACAGCCUCACCCAGCCCUGGUUCUGAACCCUGGACCUGAAAUGAAAAUCACUUUAGUGGGAGAUAAGUAAUACUGGAUAAAAACAAGUAGUACUGUAUAAUCCACAUAAUCUUAACCCUGUGAACAUGCGUGAAAUUUGACCUAGGUGAGAUUUUUAUUGUCUAUAUAUUUACAGUUAAUUCCUCUGAUCAUUCAUUAUUUAGAGUAUUCCCCAAUUAACUUGUUUUUGAUCAUCUCAUAUCUUUAAAUUUCCUUUCUUGCUUCCCUUUCUAAUUUACAGUAAAGGACUUUCUACAUGGCUGAGAGUUUCAUCACAAUAUCUUACAAAUAAAUUCAUUUUUAUCAUUUAAUAUUCAAGGUAUUCACGAAAUAUCAAAUUUUGUUAUUACCUCAAAAUCAUUAUUUUUUAAGUUUUCUUUACACACAUAUGCUUUACAAGUCAACACAGUUGCCUUGUGUGUCUUAUUUUACAGUUUAAAUAAAGUAAAUAUGAGAUGCCUUGUGAUACUAAUAUCUGAAUUCAAUGUGCACAUGAUCUCUGUUAUUUUAUUUUGAGGUGCACAAUAAACAGCACACUGCUAAAGACGAGAUACACAGUAAACACGAGAAAUAAUUUUAUUUACAGACGUCUUGAAUUCACAUGUAGCAUUUGGCCAAUCAGAUUAAGUCAUCAGAUACCCUCUGAACUGAACUGGUGCAUGGUGAUUAACUUCAGUUAAGUCAUGUUAUCAGUGCAAUAUUAAACAGUAUAAUUGCAUUUCAGUGAAUUUUAAAAUGGUUGCAGUUCAUUGUUUUUAGAGGUCAACUAAAAGGUCAAAAUAGACUAGGUUUUAGCAACAUAAAAGUCAACGGAACAUCAAACUCAACAUAAUCACUACAUCUGGACCUAAUAAUUAAACUAAUUUCAAAAAUCUUGGUGAUUCUAGGUCGAGUGUUUACUUUUAAUCUAAAAUCUUCUCUCAAAGUCAGAAAAUCCACUAAUAUUAACUAUGGCCUACUAUGAGAGUCAUAUUCUGGCGAUGCUCAUAGUUUGUACAAUGUCCUGUCAGCCAUGAUCGAUUAUUUUUAUUCAUAGUUUAAAAAAGGAAAAAUAAAUAUCGUGAUUUGUGGUACUUAAAACAACAUAUCUAAUGAAUAUGUACUACAUGAUAUUUAAUUGAUCAUAUUUAAUCAUAAGUAGUUUCAUAGGGUAUAACCACAACUCUGAGCCAUGCUUGAACAUUCAUAUGAAGUGAAUGAGGGUCAUUUGUGAACCAUGAGGUGCAUUAGAGGAGGUUUGUAGAUCUGUGUAUCAAAGGGUUCAUUUAGUAUGAUUUGGUCUUAGCUUAUCAUAGUAUUUAUCAGACUGGUCGAGUUGCUCAGUUGUCAUGUGACCUGUAUGGGAAACUAGUGACAUGAGCAAAAUACACUUACAACUAUCUGUAUUGAACUGACUCAUGGACAGGUUGGUUUUUAGUCUGAUGUUCACACAGAGCUCAUUUAUUCAGUCUCCUGUCCAGGGCCAAUUUUUUUGUGUGAAAGUGUUGUAGAUGCUGGGGUUAUAUUCAUUCCAGUACCCCUUUUCAUAAACGUUCGUAGCCUGGAAUCACUGGACCAGUUCUUAACUUUGGAACCUCUGAGUUUGUUUUUACUCUCUAAGAGCAACAAGAUAUAGGACAUAUGCUGACAAAAAAGUUUAAUAUCACAUCAAAAACAAAGUAUCAGCCAUCGUGGUUAUUUACAAAAGUGCCUCAGAGGUAUUACCCCAGCCUGAUCUGGACCAAAAACCCCAAUUUGUGCUAUGUUUGUGCGAGAAUACUACUUCCUGUCACUAGUAUUUAAAAAUUAAUUGUGAUAUUCUUUCUUAUUAGUAGCAGUGAAAUAGAAGGUAAAAUGAUUUCAUAUCAGUUAAAUACACAUUUUUGUAUUGUGAACGGUUUCGAAUGUAUGAUGCCAAUGAAACUGAAAGUUAGUUACCUUUCUUUGUUAAUUCAAUUUAUAACCUUAUUGUCGCUCAGUACAUUGAGCAGGAACAAGUUUUGGCCUGUGUGGCUUCUUGCAUGAGUGCAGAAAUAAUAGAUACUGCACAAGGAUUAUUACAAUAAAGCUACAUCUACCAAUAUGAAAUUAAUAUAUACAAGUAAUUAAAUGAAACAUGGGCUCUCAGAUUCAUCUGGUUCCAGGGCUAAUUUUUUUUUUUUUUUAGUGCAUCAUUUUUCAACAAAAGAUGUGGUAUUAAAACUUCACAUUUUCAACGUGCACUUGCAGCUUGCAGGUUGUUUCUCAUACCAUAGUGGGCUUUCAAAGGAGUAAUAGACAGUAAGUCCAUAGAUUGUGUGUAAUUACUGGGGAAAGGAACUGUGAACUGCGUAACUCAUAGGGUUCUGAGCUGCUUUUCUGAGGCCUUUGCUUUGCAAUUUGGCCAUCGCCAUGUUGGCUUUUUUUUAAGUGGAAGUGACCAUAUUUUUACAAAAGGGUCGGAGCUUUGGAAGUGUGAGGGUUCAGUGCUGGGUACAAUGGGUCACAGGUAAAUGCUAUCUUACUGCCUUGGUAAAACAAGUUCAUACAGACAUUGUAACUUACUAACCACAAUGACAGUCAAGGUCAGCCAGUCAGUCAUCUUCUGAACUGCUUUAUCCUCGAGAGGGUCACCUAUGGGGGAAGGUGGGGUACAUCCUGGACGUGUCGCCAGUUCAUCGCAGGGCUGACACAAAGACGAACAACUAAUUGCUCUCUCAUUCACACCAACAAUUAACCUGUCAUUACAUGUCUUUGAAUGGUGGGAGGAAGCCAGGACAGUGUCUUAAUAUUUUGAGAGGAGUCAUUGUUUGGCCAUUAAACCACAGUUUUUUUCAAGGAGCAUCUAUUGGUCUUUCAGUGGUAUUUCAAGGUUAAAAUACUUACAAAUUGGACUCAUUUUGGAGUCAUGGUUCUUACCCCUUGAAUAAGACAAUGCUAAUGAAAUUGCCUCCCAAUGACAUGAUUAUUCCAACAGAGUACAUCCCGUGACAAAGGGGUUUUUAUUCUUUGCAAGAUAAACUGCUGUGCAUUUUUCACAAAUCUGAAUAUGCUGUCAGGUCAUAAUUUAAACUGACAUCCUCUGCAUUUGAACCUGGUCACUGAGUGUAGUCAUUUGUCAGUUGCAUUUAGGUCAUUAUCAGAACUGAGCAAAUCCAUUCUCUGUAGACUGGCAGUCUGUUAAGAUUAUAGACUCUGAAAAAAGCCAAUGAAAUUAAGAUUGUUUAUCAAAUCUUUGUUCCCAAAAUCAAGAAUUAAUUUUGAACUGUAUGUGAUGUUUGUGGUACAAUGCAAUACACUGUUGUCUAAUCUUUGCUGUGAAUUUUAGUAGAUAGAAAUAUUUAUUAAUACUUUAUGAUGAGUUGUUUUGAUUGGUGACAAUUAUAUUUCCGAUUGUAGUCGCUCACCAUAUUUGUUUCAGAGUUACAGAUGGGACCCUAAAACUUUAUUUAAAUCAGGCGUGCUGUAUGUUACUGAAGUAAAUGUUUUUAUCCGCUGUGCUCAAGUAUCUUGUAAGAAGACACUGACCUUUGACCUCUGAGUAAAGAAAACCCUCCUCCAGAGCUCAGUCAGAAAUAACACUAUUGUUAUUUUAGCAGAUUAAAGAUGCAUAGCAUAUGUAGUUACAGAGUUGGAUGCUGUGCGAGUGCUCCUCAGUUCAGAUGAUUCAUCUUGUAUAUAGCUUUAAGUAUACAGUCAGUACUCUGAUCCACUGCACUGACCCGAAUGUAUUUGCGUAAUAAUAAUGUUACUGAGCGCGAGUCACUUAUUCACUACACAUUAGUCUGCUUUCAGUAGCAAAUCAAUAUGUGUUUUUCAAGCCAUACUGAACUCAAAGAAUGUCGGGCUUUUAGAUCAUCUGUUUUAGGGCAUGUGUUGUGCAGGAAAAAAACAAAGUGAUUACGACACAAACUGAUGUUUUAUGGACACAAAAAGGAGUAAAAUAUCACAUAUGGUGAUGAUAGGGCUACUGAUAUGUGUGAGUAUUUGCUACAAUGACAAUAUUGUGAAUUUUGUGUGUCUUUGUCUGAAUUAAAAGAAAAAUUAAGAAAAA